GACUCGGAGUGGGUCGCGAGGGGCUGUGCACAAGCGACGGGGAGAGAUACAGAAACGGUCCCCGGUUUGAAAGCCGGUGAUUGCAGUGACGUGGCUUCCCAACGAGGUGAGCGGUCGCUGAUGGGAGAGCAGCCCGGCUCCAUCAAACCACCGGGGCGAUGAGGAGAGGACGGGACGGACGACAGAAAGCCUUCUGCCGCAGAGGAAACCCAGAUUAAAGCUGAUUUGACUAACGGCUCUUACCGGCAUCCCCCGUGCAUGCACGCGGCGUCACCUAUCCUGCGACUCGCACAUACAGACCCACCCACCACGACCACCCGUCGGGCUGUGUGGUGACUUUGGGUUGAGCUGGACGCGCUGGACAGCCGGCAGGAUAAACAUCUUUUGGUCUGAUUGCGUCUUAUGAUCUCCGUCAUCACCGGGUCGGUCCCCCCGUUCCCCUUUUAUUAGCGGAUGAGCGAGCCCCGGGGAAAGGGGCGCCACUGUGACCGGAGCAGGGUUGGAUUCUCCCCGGCUGGUGACCUCCUGCUCCGGGGGACAAAUCCUCCCACCACCUGGCGUCACCUGUCCACCGGCAGACCGAGAGCGACGGAGCCCACCGAUGCGUCUGGCAGCCCCUGAUGCUCGUCAGUGCUCCGGGGCUUUCCGGUCGGUGGGAGAGGCUCGAGCCGCGGCCGCGCGCUAGAAUGCUGCGCCAGGUGUUGCACGCGGGCCUGAGGACCUCCUUCCACGCGCUCGGCCGGUUCGUGGCGAGCCACCCGGUGUUCUUCGCCUCGGCGCCCGUGCUCCUCUCCAUCCUGCUGGGGGCCAGCUUCAGCCGGUACCGAGUGGAGGAGGACGUGGAGAGCCUGCUCGCGCCCAAGCACAGCCUGGCCAAGAUCGAGGGUAACCUGGUGGACAGCCUGUUCCCCGUGAACCGCUCCAAGCACGCGCUCUACUCCGACCUGCAAACGCCGGGCCGCUACGGGCGCGUGAUCGUCACCACCCGAAAGGGGAGCGUGCUGGACCCGGUUCAUCUGGACACCAUACUAAAGCUCCACCAUCGGAUCUACCAGAUGCAGGUGACGGUCCCGGCCACCGGCGUCAACAGCUUCAACUACUCCUUCUCCUACCUCUGUCUCCCCGACGACAAGAACGUCUGCAUCAUCGACGACAUCAUCCGCGCCAUGGAGGAGAUCCAGUCGGCGCGCACCUCCAACAGCUCCGUCCCGCUCCUGCGGUACCCGAUCACGCAGCUGGCAGACGGACGCCAGGCGUACAUCGGCCACCAGCUGGGUGGCGUGCAGGGCUGGGGUCCCGGCGGGGCGGCGCGAGGUCCGGGGACGGGAGCCAGGGGAGAAGGUGUGCGAUCUGCCAGGGCGCUGCAGCUCACCUACUACCUCCAAGCCCGCGGCGGCCUGAUGGACCGGGUGGCCGGCCAAUGGGAAAAGGCCUUCUGUGCUGAGUUGCAGCACUUUGCAGCGUUGCACCCUAAACUGGGGCUGUACCCUUCUACUUCCUCUUCUCUGAGGACAGACUUCCAGUUCUCCUCGGUGCUGGCACACCAGCCCCUGUUGGCCAGCUUGGGGGCGUGCAGCGUACUGGCCGUCCUCUGCUGCUCCAUGAGGGACUGUGUGAGGUCUAAACCCUGGUUGGGACUGCUGGCUCUGCUGUCGAUCACACUGUCAGGCCUCACUGCUGCUGGGAUACUCAACCUGACCGGGGCCACCUACAACUCUACGUACCUGGGCAUCCCUUUCGUCAUGCUUGGUCACGGGCUCUUUGGCUCCUUUGAGAUGCUGUCCUCAUGGAGACGAACCCGUGAGGACCAGCAUGUGAAGGAGCGCGUGGCGAGUGUCUUCGAGGACGUCAUGCUGCGGUUCUCCGGCUCCACCAUGCUCCACCUGAUGACCCUGGGCCUGGCCGCCUCGCCACUCACCAACAUGGAGGCCGUCCGGCUCUUCUGCCGCACCGCCGCCUUGGCCGUCACCAUCAGCUAUGUUUACAUGUUGUCCUUCUACAGCUCCUGUCUGGUGUUCACUGGAUACCUAGAGACCGGGUACAGACACGGCUGCUUCUGCCGGCGGGUCCCCAAACCGGACCGGCUGGACUCUAAACCGGCCUGGUACAGGUGUCUCAUGUACACUCGCUACCAGGAUGAGGCUCCAACGACCAACGCACCACACGUGGUCGGUCACAGUCACGCCCACACGCCGAACUCCAACCCACCACAUGGGGUCGUUCACAGUCACGCCCACACGCCGAACUCCAACCCACCACACGGGGUCGUUCACAGUCACGCCCACACGCUGAACUCCAACCCACCACACGGGGUCGUUCACAGUCACGCCCACACGCCGAACUCCAACCCACCACACGGGGUCGUUCACAGUCACGCCCACACGCCGAACUCCAACCUCACACACACGCACUCGCGCACACACACGCACGAGGCGAACAACCCAGCGACGGAUGGACACGUCACUAACUCCACAAACGCACAUCCACACCUGCACACGCAUCUGACAGCGAGCACGGACCCUAAUCCUCAGGACUCUCACCUUUUGCUGGGGUGUGUGAGGCGCUGCUACGGCGACUGGAUCACUAACACCUAUGUCAAACCCUUUGUGGUUCUGCUGUAUCUGGUUUACAUCUCCUUUGGAUUGAUGGGCUUCCUGCAGGUGACCCAGGGUUCGGACCCCAGUGCACUGGUGGCCAUGGAUACAGCGACAGUCUUGUACACCCGCGCCCAGCAGCGCUACUUCAGCUCAUACUCUCCCGUCAUUGGAUUUUACAUCUACGAAAGCGCCCCCUACUGGAACGCCUCAGUGCAGCGGGACCUGCUGGAAUACGCCAAAGGUUUCCAGCGAAUCAGCUGGCUGGAGGCUUACCUGAACUACCUGUCGGAUCGCAACCAGUCCACCAGCCAGCCGCGGGAAAACUUCACCAACACGCUCCGCCACGCCUUCCUCCGCGAGCCGCAGUUCGCCCACUUCGCCGAUGACAUCAUAUUUGCGGAGCGCGGUCAGGGCGAGGAGCCCGACGUGGCCGCGUCCCGAAUCUUCCUGGUGGCCAAGACGACGGAGAACAAGCGCGAGGAGAUGUCUGUGCUGCUGGACACGCUGCGACGCCUGUCGCUGACCUCGCGCGUCCGCUUCCUGAUCUUCAACCCCUCCUUCGUCUACCUGGACCGCUACGCCGCGGCGGUCAGCUCCCCCCUCAGACACUCACUGCUGGCGGUGCUCUUCCUGUUGGGUCUGUCCUCGCUGGCCGUCGUGGAGCCACUCGUCUCCGUGUGGCUGGGCCUCACGCUGCUCUCCGUCCAGUUCGGGGUGCUGGGCUUCAUGACCUUGUGGGGUGUGGAGUUGGACUGCAUGUCCGUGUUGUGUCUGAUCUCGGCCCUGGGACACUCGGCAGACUGCAGCGGCCCCCUCCUCUGCGGUUUCUCCUCGGGUCGGGGCGAAAGCAGGACUCGCUGGGUGAGGGUGGCGCUGGAGAGACACGGGGUUCCCUCCCUGCAGACGCUCAUCUGCUACGGCGCCGCCCUGGUGCCCGUUGGCUCCAUACGCUCUAACCUCACACACACACUGUUCCGCUGCCUCACCCUCACGGCGGGCUGCUCCGCCCUGCACACGCUGGCAUUCCUGCCCACCCUCCUCACCUUCCUGCCUCCCUCCAAGAGCCCGGGGCAGCGGCCCGACGGAGAGGCGCAGAGACAGGAGGUGGAGUGCGUUGAAAUGAACGACAGCACGCGAGUGGUCGACCAGAUCACCACUGUCUGAGCAUGGGAUGAUGUUGUUUUAUUUAUUUAUUUAUUUCUGGCCUCUUUGUUGCUAUGGUGACAGUCGGCUGGGAGUUGGCUCACUGUAGUCUGAGCAGCCGCUCUGCAUCUGCAGACAAGAAUGCCGAUCCUCGUGAGGAGGAACAGAGGAGGAAAAAGGAGUGUCACUAAGAGAGAGACGGGAAGAAACCUAGAAGUAGAGGGUCAAGAGGAAAUGGUAAAAGGAGAGAGAGAGGGGGGGGGGGGUUAGUGAAGACAAAAGAGAGAGACCGGUUUCCAAUGCAGUGUAUCCAUGGUUACCUGCUUGUUUCUAGUGCUGCGUGGCAUGCGAAUGAGCUCUUUCCCAAACAGCCAAUCAGAAGUAGGAAUCAGAAGGAUCAGCUGAGGUCAGGCCUGGCUGUGACGGUAUCACAGAGGGAAGUGUCAAAUCUUUUUUUCACGUGUCCAGAAGUCGCUUUAGAUCUGAUCCCACUGUUUUGCUACUGCUUUCUGUUCACCAUAUCAAGUUGCACAAAUACAGCUACAAUGACAUGAGGCAAUCAUCUGUAUGACUCGAGUGUUUCUACUUUAAUGCCGGACAAAUAAAGUCAAGUUAAGAAAACGUGUUUGUAAGUGGUUUGGCUUUUGAUGCAGGUUGUAAUAUUUUUUUAGUUACGUGGGAAACAAACAGUACGGUCACUGCUAGUGUUUUUAGAUGGAACCGUUUGCAACAUUUGCCGUGUUUGUAACUUAAAUAUCACGGGUCGUAAAUUGCAUUUCAACCAUUCAAGCACUCACAGCGCAUCUGAAGAAAGAACGGGUUCGGAUAAUCAUGACUUUAACCUUUUCAGAAUGUCUUUGAGGUCAAAUCUAAGUGCUGAAGUGAUGCCAAAUCAGAUACAAAAAAUACUGCUGCAACUAUGUUGAAACAUACUCUGCUUGAGCGGUAUUACAGUAUACCAGGGUAUGUAGGAAUCCAGACUGUAUGAUUUUCAAUACAGUCAUGAAUGCAUACGCUCCGCUUACUGUGAUGCUGUAUUGAUGUGAUGUAUUGUAGUGCACAGCACGCGCCACCAGAGGUCCGUCUUUGUGGUUGAACCAGCAGCUGAGCUCAGAAAGAUGGCGACUCGAGUGCUUUUGUAGUUUGAAGAAGAUAUAUACCAAAACGGUCCAUAGCCUCGUGAUUUUAUCCAACUGCCAAGUCUGCCACCAUAUUCAUAUCAUCUAUAUGAUCAUAUAUUCAUAUGUGCGCCGUAACAUUAGCGAGUGAACGUAGCAGUACAGCGGGUGUGCUGUUUAGGUCAUUUGUCAGUGAAUUAAUGCUUCAACUCCCAUGUAUUGCUUUCCACCUGCUGCUGAUUAAAGUAAAGGGGGUAAGCCCCAAAGGUAGGGGGUGGCUUUAUUUUUUAUCAUUUAAUGACAAGCCACACUUUAGAGUUUUACCCAAAAAAUUAAAAAUAAUUGCAAAAAAAUUGAAUUCUUUGUUUUUGU